AUGGACCCUUUCCCUCCCAACUUCCUUUCAAUCUUCGUCAAAAAUCAGUUUCGCACCACGAUCGAUCUACCCACCAAAGAAAAGUUCCCCCAAGCACAGGGUAGCUGCGCCGUCAUCACUGGUUCAAACACUGGUCUUGGCUUCGAGUCUGCCAAGCAACUCCUCUCUAUCGGCCUGUCUCAUCUCGUGAUGGGUGUUCGGUCCCUUGAAAGGGGUAGGACGGCAGCUAAAAGGCUUCAAGCCGUGGCACCUUCUGCAAAGAUCGAGGUCUGGCAGCUUGACAUGGAGUCGUAUGAUUCCAUUCAAGCCUUUGCCAAAAAGUGCCAAACCAACCUAACACGGAUUGAUGCUGUUAUCCUGAACGCCGGUCUUGCACCCUUCAUCUUUGAGAAGGCGGCUGCAACUGGACACGAGAAGGCUAUCCAGGUCAACCACAUCAGCACAGCACUCUUGACAAUUCUGCUGAUCCCAGUGCUGAAGACCAAAGUGACUGGACAAGGCCCGCCUCGGCUUACCAUCGUCAACUCCCUCACGGCCCAUCUAUGCAAUUUUCCCAACAAAGAUGAGCGACCUCUCCUGGCUUCUUUUGACGACACCGCAAUUACCCCUUGGAGCGGCCAGGAGAGAUACGGCGUGUCCAAGCUGCUAAACCAACUCUUCAUCGUGAGACUGACAGAGAAGGUCGACUCCAACGAAGUAAUCGUCAACAUGGUCGACCCUGGUCUUACCAAAGGCACUGGCCUACCUCAGCACGCCACAGGAGCUAUCGCGGUGGCUGCAAAGAUGUUCAACACCAUCGCAGGUAGACCACUAAACAGGGGUGCGGCGACGUAUGUGGACGCCGUAUUCGGACAUGGAAAGGAGUCCCACGGUUGUUUUCUCAUGAACUGCCAGAUUUCUCCGUGA